UCCUUAGUGACGAAGGCUAAUAUAUUUUAUGGAGCUUUGCGUGCAAAUACAGCAAUAAAUUAUUACCAAUUAUACCUUCACAAGAAAGCAAAAACAGCCCACAGUUCUUCUUUUUUUUUUGGGGGGGGGGAGGGGGGGUGUGUGUUUCUUCUUAUGAAAUAGUUUUUUUUUUUAAUCUGAAGAAGAAGCAAUGGCGAAAUCAAUUGUUUCAGCAGUUGUGGAGAAGUUGGGUUCGUUGAUGAUGGUACCUGAAGAGAUAAAACACAACGUUGGGGUUGCCCUGGCUCUUGAAGAAGAAAUCCAGAAAAUGACAACCCAUUUUCAGGAUAUCCAUUCAGUUCUUCAAGAUGCAGAAUCGAAACAGAUACAGGAUUUCAAUGUGAGAAAUUGGUUAAAGAAACUCAAAGAUGUGGCCUAUGAUGUUGAUGAUGUGUUAGAUGAGUGGAAUACUGCGAAACUCAAAUCUCAACUUGAGAAAGAACAAAAAGAAGUUGAAGAUUUUCCCUUGCUAAAGAAGAUACGCUAUUCUAUCUCUUCCUUUACCUCUCAUAGUAUUCUAUACUAUAGUAUUGCUUCAAAGAUAAAAGGCUUGAAUGAACAACUCGAUUGUAUAGCUACUGAAAAAGAAAGGUAUAGGCUUGGGUUAGAGAAGGGAGUUGAAGAACCCAAAAGGCAAAUAACUGCCUCUUUCAUCAAUGAAGAAGAGGUUUAUGGUAGGUGUCAAGAGACAACAAUUCUGGUGAACAUGUUGGUGGGAGAGAAUAGUAACGGAGGAGGGGCGAGCCUCCAUGUCAUCUCUAUAGUAGGGAUGGGAGGAAUCGGAAAAACGACUCUUGCUCAGCUGGUUUACAAUCACAAUGAUGUUGAAUGUCAUUUUGACAAGAGAAUAUGGAUAUGUGUCUCAGACACUUUCGACGAGAUAAGGAUUGCCAAAGAGAUCCUUGAAGCAUUUAAAGGUGAAACUCCAAAUUUAGCUGGAAAGGACAACAUUUUGAAGCAAAUUCAUAGUCAUGUUGUGGGGAAGAAAAUACUCCUUGUGUUGGAUGAUGUGUGGACUGAAGAUGCAACAAAAUGGGAGCAAUUGAAAAUUUCCCUCAAGUAUUGCUCUAUUGGGAGUAGAAUUUUGAUAACCACCCGUAAUGAAAGAGUUGCUAUAAUUAUGGGAACAGCAACAGCAAACUUAUUUCCAUUACCUACCUUGUCUCAAGAAGAAUGUUUUUCAUUACUUAGCCAUAGAGCAUUCUAUGGAAGGAAAAGAGAGGAGAGUGAAAUUUUAAAAGAUAUCUGCAGGAAAAUUGCAGAAAAGUGUCACGGCUUGCCACUUGCUGCAAAGAUUGUAGGCGGCCUGCUGCGGCUCAAGAGAACUAGAGAACAAUGGCAAAGUGUCUUGGAUAGCGAAAUAUGGGGCAUUGAAGAGGCUGAGCGAGAUCUUUUCCCUCCAUUAUUUUUGAGUUACUGCGAGUUACCUUCAGCUCUUAAGCAAUGCAUUUCAUAUUGUGCUGUCUUUCCUAAAGACAAGAUCUUAAGCAAAGAUGAAUUGAUCAAGUUGUGGAUGGCUCAAGAUUACCUGAAGGGAGUGCGGGGUGAAGAGAUGGAGAUUGUGGGUGAGGAAUAUUUUGACGAGCUAAUGAUGCGUUCUUUUUUUCAGGAUUUUAAAAGGGUUGAACAUGAUAAUGGUAUUCUGGAAUUUAAAAUGCAUGAUAUAGUACAUGAUUUUCUUCAACUUUUAACGAAAACUGAAUGUUUGGUGCUAGUAAAUGAUGGUUUUCAAGAGUUCAGAGCAGAUUCUUCUUGUGAAAAGGCUCGUCAUGUAACAUUGAUUGGCAAAGAACUUGUACCAACUGACCCUGCUAUUUGCUACUCCAAAAAGUUGCGAAGUCUCCUUAUUGACUCAAGCAAUCAUGAUACUUCAUCAGUAAGCACAUUUUUGCCCAAGUUGUUUGAUCAACUGACUUGUAUAAGGACAUUAAAUUUGAGUGGCAGUUUGUUUGGAAAUUCAGUUGACGAACUUCCUGAUCAAAUAGGAAAAUUGGUUCAUUUGAGAUACCUUAACUUGAAACAUAAUAGAAAAUUGAAAGAAUUACCUGAAUCAGUAUGCGAGUUAUGUAAUUUACAAACCUUAAACCUCACAUGGUGCGAUAGUCUUAAAGAAUUGCCACAUGGAAUUGGAAAAUUAAUCAACUUGAGGCAUCUUGAUAAUGAAUGGACGGACGUGAGCUUGAUGGCAAUGCCGAAAGGAAUUGGAAGAUUAACAAACCUUCGGUCACUAAGGGUGUUCGUGGCAGUGGAUGGUGGCACUAACAGCGGAGCAUCUACUCUUGGAGAUCUUCAAAACUUAAUGCAUCUUCGAGGACAUCUGAAGAUAAGUGGAUUAGGAGUUUGUGAUGCGACUGAAGCUAAGAGAGCAGAACUUCAAAACAAGAAAGGCCUCCGCAGUUUGAUACUAGAUUUUACUAUUUCCAAGGGGUUGAUGCCAGAGACAUGGCUGAGAAGAGAUGAUGGAAGACUUCUUGAAGCUUUACAACCACCUCCUUGCUUGGAAAAGUUGGAGAUAUGGUGCUACAAUAGCACCACCAUUUUCCCCAACUGGAUGAUGGAUCUGACCAAGCUAAAGCAUGUUUCACUGUGUUUAUGCUUUCACUUAAACUUAUUGCCUCCCUUGGGGAAAUUGCCAUCCCUUGAAUCACUUUACAUAGGGAAAAUGAGAAGAGUGGAGAAAGUGGGAGUUGAAUUUUUGGGUGUAGAAAGAGAAGAGAUAUCGGCAUUAUCCUCAUCUUCAUCAUCUAUCAUUGCCUUUCUUAGUUUAAAACAUCUUGAGUUUUGUGACAUGGAAAAGUGGGAUUAUUGGAUCCCAUUAAAAAGCAGAGAAGAAGAAGAACAUAUUAGUAUUAUGCCAAGGCUUUGUUCCCUAACAAUUGAUUCCUGCCCAAAGUUAAGGACACUGCCUGGCUACAUUCUUCAGAAUACAAGUCUAAAGCAAUUAGAUAUAUGUCAGAGUCCUAUUCUUUCAGAUCGUUGCAGAAAGGAGACAGGAGAGGACUGGCUUAAAAUUUCUCAUAUCCCUAGCAUCAUAAUUGAUGGUCUAUGCGUGCAAGUUCACUGCUCUUCUAUUGAAGAGUUUGGAGUUUUGCAAUUGCAACCACUACAAAGGUUUUCUUAUAUUUCAUUAUUAGUAUCUGUUCAAUUUACAGUCAAUUCAAGUGUAGGGCAUAUACUUAUUCUGAAAUUGGGGUUGAAUUAUCUAAAAUUUUUCCUAUGUCUGAAAAUAUUACUGCAAAACUGUCAUGUGAUAAGGAUUUGCUUUUUCCUGAUGCUGUUUCCUUUUGCUUUUAAAUUUGCAAUAAUAGUUUUUCAAACUCCUUUGCAGCACUUUAUUGGAAUACUUGCAAUGUCACUUUUUUAUAGUGCAGAGGAGGACAUAACUUAAGAAAAAAAGAAAGGGCUACAUAUGCUGAGAUUUGAGCUCUAAGCUUGUUAAAUGUCAUCUUUUAAGAAUACCUGCAUGAAUCGAGUGGGUUCUUGCAACAUCACUUGUUAGUGCAUGCUUUAAUUUUAAAGCUUUGAUGUUAGUGCUAGUAUUUGAAGUUCAUGUGACAUCCUUGUUUGUAAUUUUGAUUUCAAAGCAUGUCAAGAGGAAAUUCCCCCAUAAUACUUUUGGGUGAUCAGUGGAACGUAGACUUGGUAAUCAUCUAUUUUUAAUGUUAAUAACAAAUGGAACCAAGUAAUUGCUAGUUUGUAGUUUAGGCGUAUGAGUUCUAAGAUGAUGUUUUCUAACAAACUCCCAUUGAUGUU